AUGCAACCAUUUUGGGAGUGUGCCACUGCGGGUGAAAAUUCACUCGGUGAGCUGGAUGUCAGGAAUUUCCGACCGGAAGAAUUGUCGGUGAAGAUGCAGGAUGGGAGACUGCUUGUUGAAGGACAUCACGAGGAGCGAAAUGAUCGGCAUGGUUCUGUGGAACAACACUUUAUUCGGAAAUACACCAUGCCAAAGAACGUACUGCAAGACAGUUUGGAAUCGCAUUUGUCCGAUCAAGGAAUCCUCCGAAUCACUGCCAAGAAGAAAGCUGUCGAGAAUUCGCAAUUUAAAAAUAUUCCAAUCCAAUUCAAAAGUGACAAACAAUAA